AGGAAUUGAUGCGUGUUUACAGCAAAAAAUUGCCAAUUGUAGUCGUGAGACCCUCAAUUAUCAUGAUGACUUACUCGGAUCCGAUUCCGGGAUGGUUGAAUAACGUUUACGGCAUCAAUGGCGUGUUCACGGGAGUCGGUUUGGGUGUCUUACGGAUCUUUUUGAUCGAUAAUCGGAAGAAGGCGGAUAUUAUCCCGGCGGAUAUUGUCGUUAAUUCGUCUUUAGCGGUGAUUUGGCAUUCCGUAACGAAAGGAGCAAUAAAAUUGAACGAAAAUGACAAAAACAGGACGGCACCCGUUUAUAACUGCGUUAAUUGCGUCGAUAAUCCCAUCACGUGGGAAGUUGUGAAGAAAAAUGGCGUUCCCAUGGCCGAAAAAUUCACUACAACCAACAGUUUGUGGAUUGGAUUGUACAACACGACACGCUAUCAUUGGAUUUACUGGAUCUUGCGGAUAUUUUAUCACGUGAUUCCCGCAUUUUUCUUCGAUUUCGUGCUAAAAAUGCAGGGAAAAGAGCCACGGGUCGUUAAAAUUUACAAGAAAAUCCAUCGUUUCUCGGGAGCCAUCGCCUAUUUCACGAACAAAGAAUGGAAUUUUGAGACGAAAAACAUGCGAAUGGUCUUGGAUGACAUGUCCCGCGUUGACCAAAAAUAUUUCAUGAGUGACAUGAAAAAGCUCAAAUGGGAUGACAUCUUUGACGUAUUUGGGCGCGGAAUUCGUCUCUAUAUUGGCAAGGAGUCGUGGGAUACGUUGCAGCAAGCACGGAGCAGAUAUCAGAAAAUACAAAUUUUGCACUAUAUUUUGCUCUUUUGCAUCUACAGCUUUUUGGCGUGGGCUGGAUAUCAUAUUUUGAAGUUUUAUGGAUACGUUGAUACUUUUCAUCAAAUGUAUUCGUACGUUAAAAUUUCAUUGGUUCAGAAAUGAAAUGUU